CAGAAAGCGUGUUGGAAGUGCGGCGUUCAUGACAGCAGAUUCUUGGAUCCCGCGUAUAACACAGCAGAAACUCUUGUAUUUACAAGCUGAGCCCUUACACGUUCAGCAGAAUCUUGCUGACAAGUAUGGGGUUCCUGUCUGAUUCACUGCUUCUGGAUGUGGGAAUCCUGGUGGCUUGUGUCCUCUCAGUGGUUUAUUCUUAUUUCAAUUGUUCAUUCACUUACUGGAAGAAACGUAAUGUACCAUACGUCGAACCGUGUUUCCCAUUUGGAAAUUUCAAGGAGGUAACUUUGAUGCGGAAAGACUUUGGAUAUUUAAUCAGAGACAUUUACUCAAGGUUUGAGGGGCACAGAUACGGAGGAAUGUACAUAUUCGAUAAACCGCAAUUAUUUCCCCGAGAUCCUGAUCUAAUUAAGGAUGUACUAGUUAAGGAUUUCUCUAAUUUUCAUGAUCGUGGUGUCUAUAUGAAUGAAGAAAUAGAACCUCUGUCGGGGCAUUUAUUUUCAUUACCCGGAAAGCGAUGGAGAAACCUUAGGAUCAAGCUGAGCCCAACUUUCACAUCCGGGAAGAUGAAAAUGAUGUUCCAGAGAUUUGUAGAAUGUGGAGACGAACUGAAACUGUGCUUGGAAAAUGUUGCGGGAAGGGGAGAGGUUAUUGAAGUUAAGGACAUUUUAGGUAGGUUCAGCACGGACGUAAUUUCGUCUUGUGCUUUCGGUAUCGAGUGCAAUUGCCUGAAGAAUGAAAACGCGGAAUUCAGACAGUGGGGAAGAAAAAUUUUCCAACCAUCAAUCAAACGAAUAAUCGUCGGUAUUUUGUCAGGUGUUGCACCAAUUGUGUUAGAUAAGCUAAAAUUGUCUACUUUUGAUUCAGACGUUACCAAAUAUUUCCGGAAAAUGGUAGAGGAAACAGUUGAAUAUCGCGAAAUGAAUAAGGUGAAGCGCAAUGAUUUCAUGCAACUGUUGAUACAGCUUAAGCAGAAGGGCAGCUUGGACUCCGAACAGGGAGCUGAGGACCGAAGUGACGAAGAAUUCAGUGGAAUUGAUGAAACAGCGGAUGGUAUAGACAUAAAUGUUUCUGUUUCAGAAACUCUCCGAAAAUAUCCGCCGCUUCCAACGAUAAGCCGCAAGAGUUCGAAGCCGUACAAAAUUCCGGAAACAGAUAUUGAUUUGGACACAGGAACAAGCGUUAUCAUACCCGUGAUUGGUCUUCACCACGACCCUAAAUAUUACCCCGAUCCUGACAGGUUUGACCCCGAACGGUUCAGUGAGGAAGAGAAGCAGAAGAGACACCAUUAUGUCUACCUUCCUUUCGGAGAGGGACCCAGAAUUUGUAUAGGAAUGCGGUUCGGAUUGAUGCAAACCAAGGUGGGACUGGUUUCCCUUCUCUCCAAAUACCAGUUCAGUGUCAGCAAGAAAACUCCUGUUCCUCUGGUGUUCGAUGCCAAGUCAUUCAUAUUGGCUCCUGUUGGUGGGAUGUGGCUGAAAAUUAAAAAUAGGAGCAUGAAAUAAGCGGAACUCCUGCUCUGAAUGCAAGCAACACAAGCCUUUACGACAUAUCAUAUUCGUAGACACGCCACAGUUCUCAAUCCAAAAGUCCCAAUGAUAUAAAUAUGUAUUAGUUCCAGCUACCCUAGGGUUUAUAUAUGACAGUGGAUGAGUGGCUAUUUGUAGUUUCAAGCAAGACAGAGCUAGAGGUUUGUGAUGCUACGAGAAAUGAUUGUUCAAGCCCAACAUAACGGCCCACUACUCUGUUGCUUGAUAUGAUUAAACAUUUUGAAAGCUAAGUCUGUGCAAAAUUUGAAGUUCUGAAUCCUCUUCUCUCGUUUAGAGAAAACUAAAUUAGUUAAAACUAAACAAAGGCGUGGAUUAUAUUGUUUUACAACAAGUUAUUCCAAGUUUGAAGUCAGUGAAAUAAGGCUAUCUCUCUAGUAUGUGUCACUGACAAGUUUCAAUCCACACGUGACAAUCCCUACUUCUGCAUGAGUAGCAGACACAGAACUUCUUAAUUGAAUCAUAGAACAGUACCCGUCAUUGUAGGAAAGUUUACUUUUAUGCUACUAUCUAUAGAUAAUAAAGAUUAGGACAGUCUCCUAACACUUCUAUGUUCAUUAUGAAGUGUUAUAUAACAGUAUCAGAAAAUGAUAGUUGUUUAACUCUUCUGGAAUAUUGUAGAUUAUUUCAUAUAUAUGUAUACAUAUACGUAACACUGUAAAUAUGGGAAGUUGAAAUGUGUUAUUAAACAAAUUGUGUUCUGUAAACAGCGUAGGCUGCAGCAGUAAGUAACAGGAGAUGAAUGUGAAUAUGUUACUGAAGAGCAAACCCUGUGUGGAACCUCGCUUAACGAGCAUAAUUCGUUCCAUAAUCUUACUCGUAAUGAGAAACACUCGUUAAGCGAAACAGUUUUCCCAUAUAAAUUAGUGUAACAUACGAUAAUGCAUUCCAUGCCGAAAAAAAUACUCAAAAAAUUUA